UUGGCUGCGUUGCCCGGCAACAGGCGGGGAUGGCGCUGCAGCUGGAGCUCAGCGAGGCCUGGAUCCGGGAGCAGGCGGCGCUGCGGGGAAUUGGCCCAGGUGGAGUCCCUCUCACUGCAGGGAACAUAUGCAGGGAAAAUCCACUCCCUUGGAGAUGCCUUCAAAAAUUUUAAAAGUCUCCAAUCAUUAGAUCUGUCCAGAAAUAUGAUUGUCAGUCUAGAGGGUAUUGAAUAUUUAUAUUUGUUACAAAAUCUGAAUUUAUAUUACAAUCAUAUCUCAUCCUUGCUGGAAGUGUCUCGCCUCCAAACAUUACCAGUCCUCUCAGAGCUGGAUCUGCGCCUCAACCCCAUUACCAGAAAAGAAUCCGAUUAUAGACUGUUCGCUGUCUAUACGCUACAAGCCCUGGAAAAACUGGAUGACAGAAUAGUGAGGGAGAGUGAAAGAAAAUCUGCCAUGCUGCAUUUUGGCCUAAAGAGAAAAGAGGAUUGUUUAUUUUCUGAAAAAGAAAGCGUAAGCUGUAGGGAGAAUACAGUGAAGAACUAUGCAGUAGAUAAAGGGACUUCUUCAGUAUCUAGUUUAGAUAUUGAUAGCAGCAGAAAUCAAACUGAGUCAAGCCAAAAGCAGUUAACUCAUAAACUUCUGUUAAAAUGCGAAGCAAAGGAUUCCUCAAUAAACACUUCAUCUGCUUCUGCAGUACAGGCCAGCAGCUCAGCCAGAGAGAAUAAACAAUGCAGCAACACACUGGGAACACAACUGGAAGAAGUGGCAGGAAAACAGUUGCUGAAUCACAGUCAUCUGGAAGAUGAAUACAGAUCCCUUCCAUCACCACCACAAAUGCGUUCAUCCCUGCGCUCCCCAGACAAAAUAAGAGCCGGACUCACAAGAGGAGGAUUUCGGGUUACUUUUUCAGAAAACGAUUCCUUAGACUUCUCUCUUGAGAAGGACGUAAUAGAAAAACCUAAUAUUUAUUACCUUAACCAGGACAUUUCUUCAACCAAGAAACUGCAUUUGAGUGACACCAACAAAACGAACCCAUACAAGUCACACAGAGAUACUGGUCUAGAUAGUUAUGACCACCUCUACCUUUCCUCCACCCCUCAGAACAAGGACUUUAAGAGACUUCAAAAAGAUAAGAGAAGUACAAAUUUCAGAGAUUACAGUGUAAGCCCUGCUAAUGAAAUUAAGACAACUUCACAGUCCACUAGUAGUGAUCUACUGACACAGCACACUGAGAUGGACAAUAGCACUCGAAGCCUCUUAAAACUCAAUUCAGAUCUGAACACCAAUACACACCUAACCAGCGAGCCUGCUCUGUUAGCCACUCGUUUUUCUACAUUAUCUACCAGCUUCAGUGAUUUAACAUCAAGGCAUCAACCUUUAUCAGCUGAAGCGUUGCUUGAGCAGUCACAGCCAGCAACAAUGAGAAAAACAUUCCCAUCUGCAAUGCCUAGGAAAGACAGCGAAUCGGCAGCUAACAGGUGCUUGAGCCCUUCUAGAAUGGGGUAUAAACAAAGUGACAGACUGCAUUCAUCACUGUCCCCUCAGCAUUGUUUUAAAGAGUCAAAUAAGGAGUCUGUCCCCAGUGAUUUGAGCAAUGAUACGAGUUUCACAGAAAGUCCAAGUCCCAAAAGGACUGAGAAAGCAUCACAUAUUGCAGUUGUCCUACAGCAGCUCCUGGAGCUGGUAGAUCGUUACUGGGAUGGAGCUGGGUCCCUCCUCCUCAACAAGAAUUUUCUUGCUCCAGCUCAAGAUUUGCUUUUGUACCUUAUGGCCUCUACCCCUCCACAGAAGGAUGUUCACCUACCAGGUGGGGAUAGCCCAUCAGUCUUAGCUGGAAAUGCUCCCAGACUUCAAAGGACCCAGCUGAAGUAUGCUGAGCCGUUUGACAGAGCAAACAUGGCUUUGCAGCAGCAAGCCAAGGGGCAGGAGGAGAGCCAUGUGUCAUCUUCCCAAUUACAGGAAGUGGACUACACUGCUGCUUCUAAUUACUGCUUCAGUGGGACUCACUCACUCACUUACGAUGAGUUGCUACAUAAGAACGAGCAGCUGAGUGUCCAAGUAGAGUACUUAACUCUGGAAUUCAAACAACAUCAGAAACUGCAGGAGACUGUGCAUCUUCUACAGGAGAGUCAGAGGUCUUUAGUGUCCACAAACAACUUUCUGCUGCAACAGCUGAAUAAAGAGCACAAUCCUAAUUCCGUAAAAACAACGCUUUCUUCUGAGAAAUUCACCCUUCGUGAGAGAUCGCCUCCCUUAGAAAGAACUCCUCCUGUGUCAGCACAUGGCUAUAGUCAGUAUUGUAAUGCAGAGCAGUUAAGCAAUUCUCCUCUGUAAAGUAAACAAGGAGUCACUUCACAUACUUAAUGUUAUAUGGAUUAUGUUCUUUUCCAUUUAAGUACAAUAUGAGAUGUCGAACUAUAUUUAAAUGUGUCCACUUUUACUGAAAUUAAUUCAUUAUGUCAUUCUAAUCUUACUUUGCAUUAGCAUCUUAAGCACCACUUGGUGUUAGCAUUCUUAUGUUUUUCUGUCUUUAUUGAUUUACCAAAAAAAUACAGAAGGCUCCUUAUAAUAAAAUGGUAGUCUACAGUCUUGCCAUCCCAAGGAGGAAUGAUCUUCGCAGAUGCUACAGAGCAUACAGAUUCACACUUCAGAAAGUAUUGGUGAUUCAGUAGUGCAUUCAAUUUCCUCUGAAACGGUGCUGAAUCAGUGUCCUGUGCUAGGUGGCUGUGUGGUUGAAGAUCCGAUAUUUGAUAUAAAUUGUAAAAUCAAGGUAAUGUCCCAUGGCAUUUUUUGCAAGAAUUUGGAGUUCUAAAACCAGUGUCCUGGUGAAAUGUUAUUUGGGAUGAUAAUCUGCAGAUAAUUAUUUCCUCUGCAAUUUCAGUUUAAUACAGAAUAAUUUCUCUCCCCCAUCCUAAACUGUUGUGUAGUGUUGCUGUUUGCUGCUAACAGCUGUCGUGUUCUACCCUAGAGAUGGUUGCAUUUCAGCUAUGGGAUGGUGAUUCCAGUAUAUGUUCACUGAGAAAGAUGUAAAGCGUUAAGGUUGCCCGGUGGUAUCUUGUGCUCUUCCACAACAUCCGGUUCAAUAAAACUCAAACUGUUGAAAACCAGGAAAUAAAGAAUUAAGGUAAUUCAGCUUUUAACGCCUGAAAGGUGGACACCAAUGCAACCUUAACUCUGUCCCCCUGGAGCUGGGACUAGCCUAUAGGAGUUAUCUGCAUGCAUUCUAGCUGCAUUCACUGGGUUAAGUGUAGCUGUAUUGAAUGCUGGAGGGAUUGGGUGGGGCAGAUUAGCAGAACUGUGAAUAUGACAUGAGGUGAUGCGUGGGGGGGGUGGAAUCUGAGCACUUCCGUGUGCUGAAAAGCAACGGGUGUGUGUGUACCCUGAGGGAUGCAGUUUGCCUCAUAUCAGCACUCAAUUGUGUAGUUGUGCCUGUAGCGAUACUGAGGGGUCUUCCUCCCCUGGGGAUUGUGGGCAGUGAGGUGUGAUGUGAGCACUGUGUGGGUGUUAUGGUGGAGACAUAAAAGUGUUGUGUUAGAGGAACCCCGUAUGCAAAUAUGAAAGGACUGUAAACUGCACUAGUUGUGGGGAUGUUUUAUGGAGCAGGCUCAGUGUCUGCGUGUAGGGCAGGUGCAGGUAGUGCACUGAACAGGAACCUCGGCUACAUGCAAGUUUUGCCUUUGAUUCUGCCCUACAGUGGGCAUGUGCCCUAUUGACUGCACGCUGCGCACUGUCUGCAAAGGUAGCAUACGUGUGGAAUCAUAGAAUCUCAGGGUUGGAAGGGACCUCAGGAGGUCAUCUAGUCCCACCCCAGGAACCGGCCAAUGGGAGCUGGAGGGGCGGUGCCUGCAGGCGAGAGCCGCGUGGAGCCACUUGCAUACCUCCCCCUAGGAGCCGGACCUGCUGCUGGCCACUUCUGGGACGCAGCACAGUCCACAGUGCC